CGAAGUGCCAGGGCGAGCCAGGCCCGCGUCAGGGCUUGGAGGAGGCUCUGGAUUCUCGAGCGCUCCCCGUGAUUUGUCCUCGGCGGCGUGAGCCGGACUCUGCUGCCCCCAGAUACGAGGACGAGGGAGUUUGGCCACUAGUGCUGUUAGAAGAGGAAGAUUUAAAAAAAAUACAUUUGAUCAACAAUCUCAAGCUAUUGGUUGAAUAUCUAUCAAAAGAGUUAAGCAAAGGAUGGAGAAGAAAGCCGACUUCAGGGAUGGUAUGGUUAGAAAACCUUUCUCUCCAAAGGUAUUGUCUUCUAAGAAGUCUUCUCUCAGUUCUGGGACCCGGAGGCAGUUACCUCGACCCAGUCAUCUAGCACAGUAUACCACCUUGCGCACCUGGACCAAACAGGGCCGAUUAAGAGAAUUGCGCGUCAGAUGUGUGGCCAGGAAGUUUUUGUAUUUGUGGAUUCGAAUGACUUUUGGAAGAGUAUUUCCCUCUAAAGCCAGGUUUUACCAUGAGCAGAGAAUGCUACGGAAAGUCUUUGGAGAAUGGAAAGAAGAAUGGUGGAUUUCUCAGCGAGAAUGGAAACUCUGUGUUCGAGCAGACUGUCACUACAGAUAUUACUUGUACAAUUUGAUGUUCCAGAACUGGAGAACUUAUGUUUACCAACAACAGGAGAUGAGGAGCAAGUACCUUAAAGCCGAGAAACAUGAUGUAAAGCGAAAGGUACAAAAGUCCUGGAAGUCCUGGUUGAUCUACGUGUUUGUUCGUAGAACCAAAUUUCACAUGCACACUACUGCUUUGGAGUUUAGGCAGCGGAGCAUCUUAUGGGUGUGGUGGAGCAAGUGGAAGCAGCAACUAAGACAAGCCUAUGUGAAUCAUGCUCUUCAUGUUACAGCUGUGAGGCACAACGCCCUGAGCCUCCAACUGCAGGCUUGGUCACGGUGGCAAAAAGAACUCCAGCAUAGUCAGCAGGAGAGAUUAAAGGUGGUUUUUGCAAUGCAACACCAUGAGCACCAGCAAAAGCAGAGAUCCUUGAAGGCAUGGCUUAAAUACCUGCAUGUCCGCAGGAAGAAGAGGCAACAGAAUGAGACAGCAGAGCGAUUCCACCAUGUCACUGUGCUGCAGAUACACUUCUGUGACUGGCAGUGGGCCUGGCAAUGGAGGCAGAGCUUGUCCGCCCACCAGGCCCUGGUGGAGGAGCUGGCCAGGAAGAUGGCACUGCGGAGGGUCUUCACACAUUGGAAACACUAUAUGCUGCUGUGUGCCGAAGAAGCUUCCCAGCGGAAGGUGGCAGAAGAGCACCACCAACACAGGCUGCUGUAUUUUUGCUUCAGAGCUCUAAGAGACAAUGUGACCCGAAUCCAUCUCCAACGAAUAAGGAGGAAUCUUGCUCACCAACAGCACGAUGUCAUGCUGCUGCGCAGGUUCUGGAACCUCUGGCAGUCUCAGAUUGAGGAGAGGAAGGAGCGAGAGCAGCUCCCUUUAUCGCAUGCAGCCCGAGGCCACUACAGGGUGACAUUGCUGCGCAAGUGUAUCCAAUUGUGGCUCCAGUAUGUUCAGAAGAGAAGAUACAAACGGCUCCUGAAGGCCAGAGCAGACCGUCAUUUCCAGCAGAGAGCCAUGCCCACUGCAUUCCACACUUGGCACAGACUUUGGCGACGGCACCAGCAGGAUUAUAUCCUCAAUGCAAGAGCUGUCCGUUUCCACAGAGAAACAUUAGAGAAGCAAGUGUUUGCUCUCUGGUGGCAGAAGAUGUCUGAGCAUCGAGAAAACCGUUUGGCAGAGAGAAUGGCCAUCCUUCAGGCAGAGCAGCAGCUUCUGCGCAGGGCCUGGUCCAUGUGGCACCGACAGGCAGCGGCACAUCACCAGGAGCGGGAGAGGCAGGCAGUAGCCUGUGCCCACUACCAGCAGGGGCAGCUCAGGAAGGCUUUCUGGGUCUGGAGGGAGAGAGCCCGAGGGCUCAGGACAGAGAGGAUGGGCAGGGUAUGUGCCACACAGUUCCACUCGGUGCGACUCCUGCAUUGGGCCUGGAGCAAGUGGAAGGAGGAGUACCAGGGCAGGCUGCGGCGUGUGCUGCAGGAGGCGGCCGCCAGGGAGAGCCAGCACAGGAGGCGGCUGCUGCGGUGGGUGUUGCAUCGCUGGAGAGAGAAUGCUGUGGCCCGUGCGGAUAAAGCCAGGAAAACCUUGGCAGCGUAUGUCCACUACCGAAGGACACUGUGUUCCAAGGUCUUGGCCCAGUGGAGGGAGGUGGCGUCUAUGCAGAUAUAUUACCGGCAGCAGGAGGCAGCGGCCCUCAGGGAGGCCCAGAAGGUGCUGGAGAGGGGUUGUCUCCGGACUUGGUUUGGCCGCUGGCAGGCCUGCAGGCAGCAGAGAGCUCGGCUGGAGCGGGCAGCCCGGCACCACGGGCGGCAGCUGCUGCUGGCAGGCAUGACUCGGUGGAAGGCACACCAUCGGCAGUGUACCAGGAAGAGGCAACUGCAAUGGCAUGGCACCCGCUUCCUGGCACAGAGACUCAUCCGGGCCUGCUUCUGCCAGUGGAGACAGCAGCUGGUGGCCAGGAGACGAGAGCAGCAGAGUACAGCUCGGGCCCUGUGGUUCUGGGCCGUGUCACUACAGGCAAAGGCGUGGGCUGCAUGGCUAGACUUUGUGUUGGAGAGGAGGAGGAAAAAGGUGCGGCUGGAGCGCGCAGUGCAGGCCUACCACCAGCAGCUCCUACAGGAGGGUGCUACACGACUCCUGCGCUUUGCAGCCAGCAUGAAGGCGCUCCGGCAACAGCUCCAGGCCCAGCAGCAGAUCCAGGCAGCCCACAGCCUCCACCGUGCAGUCCGACGCUGUGCCGAGCUCUGGAAACAGAAGGUGCUUGGCCAGGACAGGGAGUCUCGGCCCCCAGCCCUCGUCACCUCCAGCAGGAGAGUGACCUUUGAAGGUCCCCUUGCCAACCACAUUGCUGCUGGGGCGGGGGAUGCCACGCUGGAGACCACAAGGCGGCGAGCCCCAAGGCCUCAGGGUGCCUCCAGCAUCCAGACACCGGCCGGGGAGUCCUACCUCCCUGAUCUGAGUGCUGCCCGCUCCACCAGGAAGCAGCCACGAUGCCCACACUUCUUGCUGGAGCCUGUGCAGGGCAAGCGGUCACCAGGAUGUGGCACCCUAGGGGGACCAGGGCCCGGGAAGCCUCACGAGCAGGAUCCAGGCGUGGCUCAGCCAGCAGGCCCUUCCCAGACAAGGCCCUUCCUGUUUGGGGCCUUGAGCAUCUCUGAGAAGCUGUCAUUGCCUCCACCCUCCUUCCUGCCCCACGGGGUGGGCACACCGGGCAGGGCAUCGGCACCGCCCUCUCCCCCUCAGACUAAGCCCAAGGUGCCCCCAGCCCUGGCUCGUGCCGCUGACUCCCAUCCGCUCCUCCCCGGAGACUUCACAGUCCCUGGGCCUGCACGUGUGCCAGAGGCUGCAGGCCAUGAAGAACUUGAGGCCGAGCUGGAGGAAAUCCAGCAGCAGUUACAGCAUUACCAGACCACUAAGCAGAACCUCUGGUCCUGUCAGCGCCAAGCCGGCAGCCUGCGUAGGUGGCUGGAGCUGUGCCAGGAGGACCCAGGGCCUGAGGACCGGGACGCAGAGCAGCAGGUGCAGAAAGAACUGGAGGAGGUAGGCAGUCCCAGGCAGGCUCCAGGGGCGCCCCCACCCCAUGUACUUUCCUCUCAGCCUGGCGUGUUCUUCCCCCCCCCGCCCCCCCAGGUGGAACUGCAGAUCCAGCAGCUAACCGAGGAACUCCAGGUCCAGCGCCAGCCCAUUGGGGCCUGCAUUGCCCGCAUCCGGGCCCUGCGGGGGGCCCUGUGCUAGGAGCGCAGCAGAGACAACUUCAGGACAAACCCAAUAACAGAAUGCGAAGUUACAA